GUUUACAUCUAACUAGAAAAUGGCUGCCCACCGGCCUUCAGUUCCGCAGCAAGUAGCAAACAAUGUUCAGAGGGCAGAUUCUAAUGCUCUCUUUGAGAAGCACACGAUUGAAGAAAUACGUAAUUUGGAAAAGAAAACGAGAUCAGACAUUGAAAAGAAAAAGGAAGAUCUCAGAGUUAUGGUUGGAGAAAGAUACAGAGACCUGAUUGAUGCUGCAGAUACCAUAACAGAUAUGAAAACAAGUGCCCAGAAUGUCAUGAAAUCUAUAGCAAAAAUGGAGCACCUCUGUUCAGCCAUGAGACAAAAGCACAUGGUACGGGGAUCUUCUUUUCCAAUGGCAAUUAAAAAUGAUUCUGAUAAGAAUGGAAAAGAAAUGGAGUUUUAUGGUAAGGCAGCACAGAUAAAACUUCUAAUGGACAUCCCAGAGAAGAUAUGGAGCAGUGUGGACAGUCAAGAAUAUUUAACAGCUGCUCGGCUAUACUUGCUGGCCAGGCAUAUCAACGCCAGCCUUCACCUUGAUUCCCAACUGUCAGCUGAUGUUGUUACAUGGUUCCCUGUUCUCACCAGGCAAUGGGCAGCUAUCAGCCAUUUCAAAACUACCAUCUUACAGGGUUGUCGAUUGAUGUUAGCUGACACAGAAGCUGAUCUAAGUGACCAGCAAAUGGCAGAUGUGUUGUGCUGUAUUAUUCUUCUUGAGGAUACCACACCACGUCAAGUCUUUACAGAAUUCCUUUUGGCUCGGACAAAAGCACUGCAGCAAAUCUUACACUCGGGUCACCAAGUGAAUGUUAAGGUUCAGAUACUGAGUGUGGCUCGCCUCUUGACAUCCACACUCAGGCAGAUUUAUUCAGUGUUUUACCAGCAUGAGUCGCAGCAUCCUGGUCAGACUGAAGGGGAGCACAAGGGCUUGCUGCUGGAGACUCUGGAGAAUGUCCUCAACAAGCCAGGACAUGGUAACCUGAACCUAGAACUGCAUGGGACUAUUUCCUCAAAGUGUCUUCCUCCUUCUGUGAAAAAUUUUCAGCCUUUACUAAGAAGACCAGCCGCUCCACUUCAAAUAAAGCAGUUGAAAGAAAACUGUCAGCAGUGGAUGAAUACCUGUUUACAGGAUGUUCAGUCUGGAGUUGGCAAGUUGUUGAACUAUGUGAACACAGUCAAAAGACUGGCUGAUAUCAGAGAUGAAUUGUGGGCACUGUUGACAGCAGUCCAGAGUGAGCCCUCUUGGCUACAGAUGAAUGAAAACAUCUUGACUCUGAGGGUCUGGGAGGACUUUCUCAGGCCAUUGUUCUUGGAGAGAGUUAAGGCACUUGUUCAGUACCAGCUGGACACUACAGCUGAGUUGACCAGACGGACUGUGUCAAAAGCCAUGAUGGAGCUUACUUCUGAUGUCAAUGACAGCUCAAUGCAGUGUGAGAGAAACCUGGCAGUGUUUGUGUGGACUGAAAGCUCCUCUGACAUUUUGAUGUCUGAUAUCUGGCAAACAGCAGCCACAAAGACCAUAUCAGACAGUGGUGGACUCAUCUUAAAAGCAAGGGCAUUCACUCCAGCCGUACAAAGUCUUUGCCAGAGUGUGGAUGAGAAACUGAAAAUUUUGUUAGAAGAUACAGAAAGCUUUGUUCUUGAGGGGGAGGAGAAACAGGAGGAAGGUGCCUUUAACAGAUUUGCUGACACUUCAGAUAUUCUUAAGUACAUGCAGGGAUCUUGUGUCAAGUGUGUGCAAGAAAUUUUAGACUACUUGACAGAACAGUUGCGAUUGUGGGAAAAAUCCUUAGCAGAUAUACCAGAUCCUGUUACAAAUGCAAUUACAGAAAACAAACUGCUUUUGACAGCCAGGACAUGUGCAGCAAUGAUUGAAAUGACUCCACAUUUACAAAGUUGUAUCUUAGCUCUACCCAACUGGAACAAGCAGGCACCAUUCAAAUUGGCCAAGAAAUUGCGUACACAAAAAUUUGAAUUGCCAGAAUGGAUGUCUGUACAUGCAAAAUUACGACAGUGUCAAAUGUUGGCAUACAAGAUUUGGGUGGAAUACACAGCCAACAGUCUAGUGACUCAGUUCUCAGACACCAUGGCCCGUUCAGACCCAGACAGUAUACUGGCAGCGUCAACAAGAUGGGAUGAGGUGGAGAUUGCUGAAGAAAGUGAGGAAGGCAAGAAAUUAGCUUCUAAAAUUUUUGUUCCUAUGCAGGCUUCCUGGCAUAUCCAGACUCUACUGUACACACUGUGUAAAGAACUCAACAAGAUAGGGAUACAGGCUCUACCCAGAACUGUAGUGCGAGAUUUACUUGUGAUGGUGACAGAUGGUAUUGUUACCACGUAUGAGAGAGCCAUCAAUAACAGAGGUGGGAAGAAGAGCAGCAAUCCAUUCAGUCAGCAUGAAGUCUUGCAGGAGUUGUUCAACUUUAAGUUUGUCCAGCUGAUCAUACCACGCAGAGAAGAUGACGAGCUACACAAGAACUACCAACAGAGAUGUCAGACUGUGAUAGACAGAUUGGAGGAACAGGUGGAUCCAUUUGACCUGGAUGUUUUCUCCCCAUACAUACAAGCUAACCUGAUCAAACAAGCCCAGAGAUGUUCUGUGAUAUUUGGGACACUUUACUGUAUGGACAAGCAUGGCCAGUCCUCUCUGGGAUCUCGUCCCAUCCUAACAGGACAAGAGCAGCAUAAUGUCCUGCCACUGUCAUCAUGCCCACAACGUUUCCCCCUUCUCCCACUCAGCUCACAACAAAGUAACACCAGAUCAGCCUUGACCACCCAGCCCAUCACCUCACAGACCAUCAGUCGAAACCCUGAAGCUUCAGGACCCACGUUGACCUCUGUAGUGGAAGCGACGUUGCCUUCAACCUCGUCACAGGCUGACCUCAGUAGCUCGUUCUAUGACAAGAUGGAGAAGCUGGGCAGUAUGGGCUCCAGGAUAUUCUCUAACAUCAGCGGCAAAUCAUAAUCUAGCAAUGAUUUAUCUAGCAGAGGUUCCAUCGCCAUACAUUGCUUGUCCAAGACUUUCUAAAACUGGAGAUUUAACUUGACCUCCUGGGCAUGUGCUAUAGGACCAGGGCAGUUUUGUUACCCUCGUAUAGAAAACACUUUCGCUAAGUUAGGCUAAAGUAUGCCUGAAGUUGUUUGUGUCAGUUAAAGGUGAUGAAUAGAGAUGAUGUUUUGUAUGAAGCUAUCAGUGUGUCAUAACACAGUGUGUGGUGUGUCAUAUAAAAUGUGUCAUCAGCUUUUAACUUGCCUGUACAUCAUGAAACAUCAGUCUACAAACUUCUCUGAAACCGAGAUUGAAAAAAAAAUUGCAGCAUGAUUUAUUUUUCUGUUUGUUUACUGUAAAACAAUACCUGCACAAACUACAGGUAACUGUAUCUCUUUUGUUCACAUUUCAUGAGGUUUUUAAUUGGGUCUAACUAAUCUCCAUGGUUUAUUCUUUCGAGUUUUUAAAAUAAAUAAAUUGAUAUUUGAUUAAAGUUUCUCUAGAGUUGACCUGUCCAGAUUACUUGAUACCAUGAACCCCGCACCAGCUCGUUGACAGUCUCUAAUGGUGGGAUAAAAUUGGGCCUUGUGCAAGUCCAAGUAAUUUUUUUUACUGCUGACUUGAAUGUGGAAAUAGCGGGAUGCAGUUGGGCCCUGUACAACACCAUUAUAAUUAUAAGUAUUUUUUUUUUUACUGCUGACUUGAAUGUGGAAAUAGCGGGAUGCAGUUGGGCCCUGUGCAACAUGAGUGCAAGUAAAUGUUUUUACUGCUAACUUGAAUGUGGAAAUAGCGGGAUGUAGACAAUGUAGUUCGGCCCUAUACAACAUGAGUGCAAGUAAAUUUUUUUACUGCUGACUUGAAUGCGGAACUCUUCUAGCCUGAAGCAGGUUUUUGUGAGGGAAUAAUCAGCGAGUAAUCGAACUAAUUUUUUUGGUUUGUUUGUUAAUUGGCGGCUGUUGACAAAUUUAAAGUGAAUGAUUGAUUGACACAACUGGCGCGAGAUUGUGGCACUGCCGCUGUCGUGUAAAAAGAUUAUUGGUUUGCCAGUUAGGCUUUGGUCAGGUUUUUAAAAAUUUGUUUAAAACUCAGUAGUUUUUAAUUUUGUGUUAAAAAAACGUUUUUGACAUGGUGAAACUGUAUUAAAUACCCCCUCCUUCCCUGUGCACUAUUGUGUGUUGUGUCAGUUGUCUGACGUCAUCUCAUGCGCCCCCCCCACCUUCUCGCCACACCUCUUGUUCAGGCACCUAGGACAGGUUUAACCCAAGUGUAGCGUGGAACAUUCUGCUAAUCCCUGCUUCUAUGAUUGUACAAAUAGAACGAUGGAGAAAUAAUGCUUUCAUUACAAAUAAUGUUGUAUAUAAAAUUCGUUUCAAUAUAUUUUUAUUGCUUUUAAUAAUAUGACUGUCUUAAAAAAUGUAUUUUGAAUGAAAACUAAAAUAAACUGAGGGUUUAUGUAGCAAACUGGCAAUCGUAUGGGAGCAUGUAUUGAAAUGGUUGUGGGCUGAGGAUCACGUGAUCGUUGUAAGUCGCGUGGUCCUUGAGCUCGACACCCAUUGGUUCUUAUAUUUAUUAUUUGGAUUCAAUAAAAUGUAUUUGGU